AUGGCCGCUGUGCGCAUCUGCGUCUGCGGUGAUGAAAGCACCGGCAAAUCGAGCCUCAUCGCUUCUCUCGUUAAGGAUCAAUUUGUCAACAACAAAAUCCAGCCCGUCCUUCCUCAAAUCACUAUUCCUCCUAGUAUUGGUACGCCCGAGAAUGUCUCAACAACCAUCGUCGAUACCUCAGCUCGCCCUCAAGACCGAACUACUUUGCGCAAAGAGAUCCGAAAGUGCAAUGUCAUCCUCCUCGUCUAUGCCGACCAUUACAGCUACGAAAGAGUAGCAUUGUUCUGGAUGCCAUACUUCCGAUCCCUCGGCGUCAACGUCCCCGUCGUAUUAUGCGCCAACAAAUCCGAUCUGGCUGGCCAGGGCACCACACCUCAGGUAGUCGAGGAGGAAUUGCUACCUGUGAUGGCUGAAUUCCGCGAAAUCGACUCUUGCAUCCGCGCCAGCGCUCGAGACCAUCGAAACGUAAACGAAGUCUUUUUCCUUUGUCAAAAGGCCGUAACUCAUCCAAUUGCCCCUCUAUUUGACUACAAGGAGGGGCAUCUCAAGCCUCUGUGCGUUGACGCUCUGAGGCGCAUAUUCUAUCUUUGCGACAAAGACCAGGACGGAUAUCUCAAUGAACAAGAAAUGAGAGACUUCCAAGCACGUUGCUUCGAAAAACCUCUGACAGCGGACGACCUAGACAAUAUCAAACUCAGUAUCUCGAAAUCGUUGCCCACGUCCGAGUUAGAAAAAGGCAUUGAUCUGCCAGGAUUCCUGCAAUUAAACAAACUUUAUGCUGAGAAGGGUCGCCACGAAACUAUCUGGAUUAUCCUUCGAAAAUAUCACUAUACCGAUAGUCUCAGUCUCGAGGACAAGUUUAUUCGACCCAAGUUCGAUGUUCCAGAGUACUCGUCGGCCGAGUUGAGUCCUGCUGGUUAUAGAUUCUUUGUGGAUCUCUUCUUGCUGUUUGACAAGGACAAUGAUGGUGGCCUCAAUGAUCAAGAACUCGAGGCUCUGUUUGCCCCAGCUCCAGGACUUCCCAGUUCCUGGACCGACUCGUCGUUCCCCUCCUCGACUGUAAGGAAUGAAGCUGGGCAUGUUACUUUGCAGGGGUGGCUGGCUCAGUGGAGUAUGACAACAUUUAUCGAACCCAAGACAACCAUUGAAUAUCUCGCGUAUCUGGGAUUUGAGCCUUCGAAUCCCAAGGAACCCAUCACCGCGGCACUCAAGAUAACCAAGCCUCGUAAGAGAAGGAGACGUCCUGGUCGGGUGGAGCGUAACGUGGUCCUCUGCUACGUUCUUGGUGCAUCAGGAGCAGGCAAAUCCGCUCUCCUCGACUCAUUCCUCAACCGCCCUUUUGAUGGUCUUUACCAUCCAACCAUCAAGCCACGCCGCGCUGUCAACAGUGUCGAGCUGCCAGGCGGAAAACAGGUGUACCUCAUUCUGGAAGAGCUUGGGGAGCUGGAGCCUGCAAUCCUUGACAACCCGGCCAAAUUAGAUGCUUGCGAUCUUAUCUGCUACGCCUAUGACUCGUCUGACCCCGACUCGUUCUCGCAUAUCGUUGAUCUGCGGAGCAAAUACGCGCACCUUGAUGAGCUCCCUUCGAUCUAUACUGCUCUCAAGGCCGAUAAAGACAAAACAAACCAACGCUGUGAGCUUCAGCCAGAUCAGUAUACUGCCUCACUCAACAUGAGCCUGCCGUUGCAUGUGAGUGUCACCUGGGGUAGCAUCAGUGAGCUUUUUGUAGCUUUUGCAGAUGCCGCUACAAAUCCUAGUACGGCUUUCCCCAGGAGCAAUGAGGAGGGGCCUGAUCGGACCAGUUUGUAUAUUGCAUUGGGCGCCACGGCCUGUGCAGGAGUUGCUGCUUUAACGAUAUGGCGACGAGCAACGAAUGCUCUUUAA